AUGGAAGUUGUCAAAGACGGUGGUCAACAGGUGCCUGACCUGUUACCACCAGAUGUAGAGGUCAAGAAGAAACAUAAAGGGAAUGAGAUAGAGGUUCGAAUGUAUCACAACUCUUCACCUCGUCCAUUCCUCAAAAGAAUGCGAACUCAGAUAUCGAGCCUGGGAUCAAGCUCUUGUACGCUAAACAAAUUUUUGGGUUCUGAACAUCAAUCAGGAUCAAAGGUGGCUGCGGAGAUGACGACAACUGAAAAAGAUAUAUAUACCUCAACAGAUCCGACCGAGAUGUUGCAAGACUUUAUUGAGUUACAAGUUCAUGCAUUUGUCCAUGACAAACAAAUGGUUCUUCAAAUUGGAUGGUCAAGUUUCAAGUUUGAAGGCGGACAAUAUGUCGCAUGUAGGGAUUGGUGUAUGAUGUCGAAUGCAGCCAAGAGACUAAAGCUCGAUGUUAAGGAUUUGGAGCAGAAAUUGACCAAGAUGACAUUGGCUAAGGAGGCAAAGUUAAGUAUGAUGAAAGAAUAG